AUGCAUCCACUUGAAAUUGCGCUCAUAGCCUUUGCUUCUGUGGUAGCCGCGUUGAUAGUAUUGAACUGUCUUGGCCAAGGGAGCCGGGAAAAGAAACAGACUUCAGAGCCCAACGCUAUGCCAAGUGCAACCACUUCUUCAGUUCAUCAACGAGCUUAUCGUGACGUGGAAAAAGGUCGAACUGCCAAGAGCGGUGCAACCAAAGAUGGUGAGAUGGUUGUCUUUGCAGGAGUAGCCGGUACAAGUGGCUGUGGUGGUGGUUGUGGUGGUGGUGGUGGUGGUUGUGGGGGCUGUGGAGGUUAA